UCCCUUCCUUCCCCACAGUGCAGCCCUCCUCUGCUCUGACCUCACUGCUAGGUAGAGAGCCAUGGCCCUCCCAAGAGUCAUGCUUCUGCUAGCCGUUUCUCUUGCCGUGGUGGCUUCCGCCAUUGCCCAGGCCCCUGCCUCUCCACCCACCACCUCCAUCGCAACCCCACCCACCACCACCACAGUGGGAUCACCGCCGCCAGUUACCGCUACACCACCACCAGUUCCUUCUACGCCACCACCAGUUCCUGCAACCCCACCACCAGUGGCUUCUCCGCCACCUGCCGCAACCCCUCCUGCAUCAGUGCCAUCACCGCCUACGGCGACACCGCCACCAACAGUUGCUUCUCCGCCGCCGAUGACGGCUAACCCUCCCGCAUCGCCUCCACCGACAUCAUCUCCACCAGCAUCCUCCCCGCCAACACCAAUGCCACCGGCAAUGUCGCCUUCUGCUCCCGUUCCGCCGACGAGUUCUCCCCACACAUCGCCUGCACCGACCUCCUCACCACCCACAUCAAGCGCCGGAGCGCCGUCCGCUGGUGAACCUACUGGUUCCCCUGCUACAUCCUCGCCCAAGGCGCCGGCUGCUUCACCUUCAACCUCCAACCCCGACAAUUCCGGUGCCUUCACGCCCUUGGCCAGCAGGGCUUUGUUGGCAUUUGCUGGAGGAUUCGUGCUGCUUCUGUAGAUUAAUUCCUCCGAUCUCUUUCACUCUCCCUCACAUUUUUUUUUUUUGAAUCUUAGUUCAGGAAAUUUACAGUUGCGCACUCCAUUUUAUUUCUUUUUGUGUUUUUCUUUGCUUAAUUAGCCCGAGGAGGGUCCAUGGAUGUGAGCUCAGGGGAACAGGCUCUGUAAUUCUUGGUUCAGUUGUACAAUUAUUUAAGGAACUUCUCCUCUCUGUAUUCAUCUGUGUUCUGAUAAUAAAGAAUAGUGAAUCCUUUUUCUUU